UAAUUAUACAGUAUAUUGAUACAUAUUUUUUUUUUUUUAGAGUGUGUGGCUAAAUUUGAUUUAAAUUUAGAAUAUUGAACUAAACAAUGUUUUAAGGAACAUUUACAUUGUCAUACUUGUUCGAGAAUGCUAAAUCAUGGGAAAGCAGUUCGGAAAUUUGGCCAAAAUUAAUGGCAUUGUCUUUUUCCGUCUUAGUCCAUAUGAACAAAAAGCCUUCAAAGGAAUAAUCGCCGAAGGUCUACCAAAUUUGCUACGGCGUUUCCAAGAUCGUGUAUUUCGUGUUGCACCUUUUUUCAUGUUUUCCUACUUGCUUGUAAAUUGGGCAAAGGAGACGAAUGAUGCUUUUUCUCGCAAAAACCCCAAGGAUUAUGAAAAUGAUACGUAAAAUAUGAAUGAAUAGAUUUUUUUAGAUUUAAUAAUGUAGACACAUCAAAAUAUAUAUUGUAAAUUGCCAAUCAAUCUCCAGCAUUGAAAUAAAGAAAUAAAUUAUUAAUGUA